UGCGCCUGGUAUGACCCAACCCGUUUUCUGCUAGUGUUGAAGCCCCAUUUCGUCUCGUAAAGCGCUUCAGCAUAAACACGCAGAAAAUUUUCCAACCAGCGCGUUUUACGAGUGCUUCCUAGGAAUCGAUAAUCUCGCCCAAACACACACACACACGCACGCACGCACGCACAUACAAAAACACAUACAUCCAAGAUGCCUACCAUCAAGCUGCAGUCUUCGGACGGGGAGAUUUUCGACACGGACGUACAGAUCGCCAAAUGCUCCGGCACCAUCAAAACGAUGCUGGAGGAUCUGGGCAUGGACGAGGGGGACGAUGAGGUCGUGCCGCUGCCGAACGUCAACUCGGCCAUCCUGCGCAAGGUGCUACAGUGGGCCACCUUCCACAAGGAUGAUCCGAUCCCGGUCGAGGACGACGACAGCAAGGAAAAGCGCACCGACGACAUCAGCUCGUGGGAUGCCGACUUCCUGAAGGUGGACCAGGGCACCCUGUUCGAGCUGAUCCUGGCCGCAAACUAUCUGGACAUCAAGGGGCUGCUGGACGUGACCUGCAAAACGGUGGCUAACAUGAUCAAGGGCAAAACCCCGGAAGAGAUUCGCAAAACGUUCAACAUCAAGAACGACUUCACGCCGGCCGAGGAGGAGCAGGUCCGCAAGGAGAACGAGUGGUGUGAGGAGAAGUAGUAGUGUGGCGGCGGCGGCGUCUCUUUGCUUGUUUCUGUGCAGGGUUUGCAGCUAUAUCUAUGAACUCCGGGGUCGGGUGAUUGUGUUUCGUGUCCAAUAAGCAUACGUUAUACCUUCAUGUAGAUCGAUAAUCCAUCUGAUUGGUUAACUAUUUUUUGUUUGUACCACCAUACUUGAAUUUUUAUUUUACUCGGUUCUAUGAAGUGGAACAUGAAUAAACGCGUUUCUGCUACAUAAAACACAA